AUGGCCCGCGAGUUUCCCUUCACACUUGCCAAUCCCGAUCUACUCAAGACUGAUGCUUAUGUUCAUGGGUCUUGGGUAGCAGCAUCUUCUAAGAAAAGAUUCGACAUUGAGGAUCCAGGAACCGGCAAAGUCUUUGCUUCAAGCCCUGAUUUCGACCGCUCUGAUGUCGACGCCGUUAUCAAGUCGGCCCACGAAGCAUUCCAGACUUACCGACUCGAAAACCCAAGGUCUCGCGCGAAGAAGCUCCUCGAAUGGGAUCGACUUAUCCGUGAGAACCGAGACGAUAUAGCCUUGGUAUUGACCCACGAGUCCGGAAAGCCUUUCGCCGAGGCGCAAGGCGAGCUCGACUAUGCCUUGGGCUUCACUUGGUGGUUCGCUGGUGAGGCCGAGCGUAUCCGAGGCAAUAUUUCGACACCAUCUGCGCCUAACAGGAGGGUGUUGAUCAUAAAGCAGCCGAUCGGGGUGGCGGUUGCGCUUGUUCCCUGGAACUUUCCCAUUGCUAUGAUUCUGCGCAAAGCUGGCGCCGCGCUAGCAGCAGGUUGUACCAUGAUCGCUAAGCCCUCUCCUGAGACUCCUCUAACUUGUCUCAUUCUCGCAAACCUAGCCACAAAGGCUGGGUUUGGUCCGGGUGUUUUCAAUGUCAUUACGACUUCAUUGGACAAUACCCCGGAGGUUGCAGAGGCACUCUGCAAGCACCCUCUGACGAAAAAGGUGUCAUUCACCGGGUCCACGAGCAUUGGCAGUCUGAUCGCUAAGCACUGUGCCGAAGGGCUCAAAAAGGUCACUUUGGAACUUGGUGGAAACUGCCCAUUCAUUGUCUUUGAUGACUGCAACCAGGAACAGGCUCUUGAACAGCUACUUGCACUUAAAUGGAGACACGCAGGCCAGGCAUGCAUCACCGCAAACAGGGUGUAUGUUCAGGAUGGCAUCUACGAAGAAUUCCUCGAGAAACUCGUUGAGCGUACCAGAAAGAUCAAGAUGGGACAUGGAUCCGAACCCAGCACCACCAUGGGUCCUCUGACGACACCUCGCGCCAUCCCCAAAGCGCAAGCUCAUGUCAAGGAUGCUGUGGAGGCCGGCGCAAAGAUUAUCCAUGGUGGCCGUGUGGGGAGAGAUGUUGGCAUGGAAGCUGGAUAUUUUCAUGAGCCAACUAUCUUACGCGACAUGAAGCAAUCCAUGCUCAUCAGUAGAGAAGAAACGUUUGCCCCGGUCUUGGGAGUUUAUCGUUUCUUGACCGAGGAUGAGGCAAUCCAGUGGGCCAAUGACACAAGUAUGGGUCUUGCGAGCUACUUUUUCACAAAAAAUACGGAUCGUACGUGGCGACUAAUGGAAAAGCUUGAGGCGGGCAUGAUCGGGAUGAACACUGGCAAUUCGUCAGCUGCAGAGUCACCUUUUGGUGGCAUAAAGCUCUCCGGGUAUGGGAAGGAGUCCGGUAAGGACGUAGCUAUUGAGGAGUACAUCGUUUCCAAGACUGUCACCAUGACCUUGGAGGGCCAUUACUAA